GAAUCAUUGUGAAGCAGGCAGGAAAGAUAAUCUUAUUAUCAUUUUUUUUCAGAUUUGAAAUCAGAACCUUUCCCCAGGUACUCAGUGAGAAAAUUGUGUGUGUAUAUGUCUCUGUGUGUGUCUGUAUAUGUUUAUGUAUGUGUGUGUGUGCACACACAGGCAUGUAGAGCCAGAGGUUGAUGUUGAUAUCUCUCUCGGUUACUCUGUACUUUACUUUUUUGAGGCAGCGAUUCCCACUGAGUCUGAAACUCACAGAUUUGGCCAGGCUGGUUGGCCAGGAAGCCCCAGGAUUUCACUGUCACUGCCUCCUCAGAGCUAGGUUACAGUAUAUGCUUUGGCACUUGGCUUUUUAUGUGGGUUCAAGGGAUCCAAACUGAGGUCCCUGUGUUCACUCCACAAACACUUUACUAGCUCAGCUAUCUCCCUAGUUCUUAAAUGACAUAAUCAUCUAGCCAUUGAGUCCUAGCCAUCUUUCUCCGAAGGCACCAACAGAACUUUCAAAGACCUAUAGAGAACUUCUGAAUGCAGUGUAUCAAAGGUAGGAUUUCUCAGAGAUCUGAGACCAACCUGUCACACACUGACUUAUGAAAAUGCUUGCUAAAAAUAUUAUGAUCAAAUCUCAAGAAUUCAGUAUUGAAGAAAAACCGACGAGGAAGCCCCACAGAUUAAUGGGAAUGGUAGAAGAACUGUACCUGUUAACUUUAGAGAAAUAACAAGGAGUGCUAUGAACAACCAUAUUCCACCCAUCUGGAUAACUUAGACAAAAUGGAGAAAUUUUAAAAAAUAUGUGGCCUGCCAUGACUGAAUCAUGAAGACUCAGGAGAAUCUGUGAAGACGUCAGUUUCUUUUUCUUUUAAUGACCCAAUGAACCAGCCUCUUUUAAAUAAUAUUUUACUUAAUUUGUAAUUGUGUGUCUGUGUUUGUGUUUAUGUGCACAUGCCUACAGUGCCCACAGAGGCCAGAAAGAGGUAUCUGAUCCCCUGAAGAUGGAGUUAAAGGAGAUUGUGAGUCACCAAAUAUAACUGAUGGAAGCCAAACUUAGUUCUCUGAAAGAACAGAUGUGCUCUUAACUGCUGAGCCAUAUCUUUAGCCCCAAAAAUGUAAGUUUGAAGCUAAAUCAGUACUUCUUUACAAGAAAGACCCAGGCCAUAGGGCUUCACUGAUGAAUCCCUGCAAACAUUUAAAUAACAAUUAAUACCAAAGGCUGGAGAGAUGGUUCAGCAGUCAAGUGUGUUCUGUUCUUGCAAAGGAUGAAUUCUCUUCCAACACCCACAUCAGCAGCUCAGAGAUGCCUGUGACUAUAGCACUGUGGGAUCUGUAAAGACAUAUGUAUUUAUAGUAUUUUUAACCUCAAAAAAAAAUUCCAAAAGUAUUAAUGAUGGACCCCUUAGCUGACCUCCAGCAUCAGAACUUCUGAGGGUAGGAUCUGGAGACCUUGACUAAAGAAGAUCCUCUUCCAAGUUUUUCUUAAGAACUGGAAUCUGGAAGAAAGGGGAAUAUCUGCUUCAAAUGCCCAAGAAUUCUUCCAUUCUACCCUUACAAUAGUCUUUGGUAAAGAGGUUGUUAAUUUUCAGCUGCUCAUCUUCUCCCAUGAGAAAAAAUUUACAUCCUAUUUUGGACAUAAAUUUCAAGAAGCAAUGCCAUAGAAACAUAGCUUCAUAUUUUCCAUUUAAAAUGGUACUCGAAUGUGAGAUAUCUAGCCACAUGGAAAAAUAACUUUAUUGAGGCCCGUGAAAAUAUGACAGGUGCUAGGACCCAACGGAAUGCAGCAACUUCAGUUGGAGGUGAAGCAUCUCCUCAUGGGUGUGGCACAGUUUUAGGCAGGUACAGAAAAGCCAGUUCUACCACCUGUGUGGACUCUAUUGCUGCUCUCUCCAAACCCUCUCCGGGAUUUUAGCAGCGUUCACACCUGCUCACUAACCUGCAAGCAUGUUUCUUGCAAAGGCGAUCCUGGAAGGGGCAGAUCGGGGUCUUGGGGAGGCUCUUGGAGGCCUUCUUGGAGGAGGAGGAAGAGGAGGAGGAAGAGGAGGGGGAGGUCAGCGAAGAGGAGGAGGAGGCCACAUCGGAGGGAUCAUUGGAGGAAUUGUCAAUUUUAUCAGCGAGGCUGCGGCAGUUCAGUAUACCCCAGAGCCGCCUCCCCCGCAGCACUUGCAUUUUACCACUGUGGAGGCCUCAGAAAGCGAGGAAGUCAGGCGGUUUCGGCAACAAUUUGCACAGCUGGCUGGACCCGACAUGGAGGUGGGUGCCACCGACCUGAUGAAGAUUCUCAACAAAAUCCUUUCUAAGCAUAAGGAUCUGAAGACAGAGGGCUUCAGCCUUGAGACCUGCAGGAGCAUUGUGUCUCUCAUGGACAGCGACACGACAGGGAAGCUGGGCUUUGAGGAGUUUAAGUACUUCUGGAACAACAUCAAGAAAUGGCAGUGUGUUUUUAAGCAGUACGACCCUAGUCAUACCGGCUCUCUCAAAGGCUCCCAGCUGCACGGGGCCCUGAAGGCGGCAGGCUUCCAGCUAAAUGAGCAACUCUACCGAAUGAUUGUCCGACGGUAUGCUGACGAGGAUGGCGCUAUGGAUUUUAACAACUUCAUCAGUUGCCUGGUUCGGAUGGAUGCCAUGUUUCGCGCCUUCAGGGCUCUGGAUCGUGACGCGGAUGGCCGGAUUAAGGUGUCCAUCCGAGAGUGGCUGCAGCUGACCAUGUAUUCCUGAAGUGGAUGCGGAGAGGUAGAGAGAGAGAGGCCCUCCCUGGAGGACCGGACUGCAGAAAGCCUUGCUGUGGGGGAACAGCGCUAUCCCACCCAUCAGUUUUCCUGGUGGGCGCUUUUAUAAUGCUGCAGAUUCUAC